AUGGCCACCCUUGUGAGUGCACCGCUCAAUUCUGAGCCUGCGAACCCUGAGGAACGCAAAGACAACGACCUCCCACCCAAGAGCUACGCCGAUGCUGUUGAAGACGAAGCCCCUACAGCUGCCACAAAUGGAUCAAAGAUUAUGAAUGGAGUAAAUGGCGCAAGCGGAAACAAUGGCGUGAAUGGCGUGAGUGGCGCAAGAAGUGGGAAGCACACAGCUUCGGUUUUGAGGAUUGUUGACACUGGCGCGCCGGAGAAGAAGGAUGUGAAGGAAAAAGAAGGAGAAAGGCCUGCAAUAGAGAGGCAAGAGUCUAAGCAGGAAUACACUGCUACUGGCCUUGAUGAUACCCCUCGAACUCCGCCUCGUAAUAAACAUCGCAAAGCUGGAUCGAAAAGCAGCAAUAGCUCUAUUGGGUCUUCAAUUGAAAAAGUCAAAGUCAACGGGGAUCAUUCUGGGAAGGAAAGCAAAGUGAAGGACGACAAAGACAAUACAGUUGUAUUCGAAAAGUUCAAGGAAGAGAAAAAUGGAACCAAACUUGUGAGCGUCAAGCCAGCUCUCAGCUUUGAAAAGCAUACACACGAAAGUCACAAAGACACCUUCGAGCGACGUAAAGAAGAUGGACUUGCAAGUGGCCGAAAAGCCGGCCAGAGGUGGGAGAGAAGUGCCAUUCGCUGGGCCCCCUUGAACGUGCCUCUACAGAGGAGACUCCAGACCUUAGUUGUGCUUUGGCAUACGCUCUGCAUCGCUCUCUGCGUGUCGACAUUCUUCUUUCUUUGCGCCAUACCUUUGUUUUGGCCACUCCUGAUUCCAUACAUGAUUUACUGCAUGGCAUCUACUGCAUCGACUUCUGGGACACUGAGCCAUCGAUCGGAAUUUCUACGCUCAUUGCCCAUCUGGUCACUUUUUGCAUCUUAUUUCCCUGCUAGGCUUCACCGCACUCAGGAACUUCCUCCGACCAGAAAGUAUAUUUUUGGAUACCAUCCCCAUGGCAUCAUAUCCUUGGGUGCCUUUGCGGCUUUUGCCACUGAAUCUCUUGGAUUCGGACAACUAUUCCCUGGCAUCAAGAACACCCUUCUCACUCUUGAUUCCAACUUCCGAAUCCCAAUAUACAGGGAUUACGCUCUGGCCAUGGGCAUAGCGUCCGUCUCCAGAGAGUCAUGUGAGAAUCUACUUUCAAAAGGCGGUGCAAAUAAGGAGGGUAUGGGGCGAGGUAUCACCAUCGUCAUCGGGGGAGCUAGAGAGUCUUUGGAUGCUCAGCCACACCAGUUACGACUCGUCCUCAAGCGUCGCAAGGGAUUCGUCAAGAUGGCAAUACGAACAGGAGCCGACUUGGUCCCAGUAUUGGCAUUUGGCGAGAAUGAUCUCUAUGACCAGCUACAGCCUGACUCGCAUCCCAAGAUCCACAAGUUCCAACUUUUUGUUAAGAAGCUCUUAGGUUUCACCAUCCCUCUUUUCCAUGCUCGGGGUAUCUUUAACUACGAUGUUGGUCUCAUGCCCUAUCGAAGACCGCUCAAUAUUGUGGUUGGAAGACCGAUCAGAGUGAUGCAGAGUUCACAGCCAAGCCAGGAAGAGAUUGAUCGCGUUCAUGAGGAGUACAUCCAGGAACUCGAGACUAUCUGGCACACGUGGAAAGACACCUUUGCCAAGGACCGCAAGGAGGAGCUCUCUAUUGUGGAGUAA